UAACGUACUCGUCAUCGUCCUCUGCGCCUGCCCAAUCGUAUCGCGCCCCAGGUCCUCGCGCAAUGCAAGCCGACGGCUUCACAGGCACCGAUCUGAAAACAAACGGACCCCGUCGUCUGGAAAGGAGAUGCAGAUGGGAGUUGUCGAGCUCGUCGCUCGACACGUCUUAUCGCUAUCUGGCUUCGACCGGCUUUGACUGCAUCGAUAACCGCAGCCGAUGACAAACUUAAAGGUGGACCGGCCAUCGACACGACGAUCCCUUCUCGCCAUCUCUUCGCUGUUCAGCUCUGCCACACUGCGCUCGCACUGAUCCGCAUCGUGCAUCUGGUCUCCCUGCCCGCUUGACUUCUUGCUGUGUUCGAGUUCGUCGAUGCUGGCUACCGAUCAAAUUCUUGCGGACAUAAAGUGCCGACGCGAGCUACGUUAUACGAUAUACCUAUUGCGCGCUGGGGUGACUGCCUCGGACGGAAACGGAUGAAGCAAGGGAGCGUGUCCGUUGUCGAAGUCGCAUGGGCGCUCAGAAGCAGCUCAGAAGCCGCUGUGAGUUCAUGGGUGCGUUCCAGCUCAGCGCCCCUGUACAUUACCGGGGCGCAGAUCAGGUUGGUCCAUCGAGAAUGGGGACAGUUGGCGAGGGGUGAGCGGGAUGGGAUCCUGAUAUGUCGAGGGCCCUGAGACAGGAAUCGGGUACAUGAGCAUCGCUUUGUGCGUAUAAUACGACGAUCCGGGAAUGACAGUCCGAUUUCGUGCGCACUGAUGUCGGUGGACGUCGGGAGCUGCCAAGAUCGUUACGUGGGCUGCCGGGCCGUCGUGGUCGAGGGAUUCGGUGGAGGACUGGGAACCGUUGGUUUGUCGUAGUGGCCCUUGGGCGGGUGUCACUUGAUGAUCAUGCAAGUGUGCGCCGGGGUCAGAUGAGUGUGGGGAUAUGCUGUGGGAUGGAGGCUGAAGCAUUCACCCGCCCCGUCUUUGAUCAGCCGUCUGCGCUGGGGAGAUCACCUCCAGUCAGCUGGUAGCGCUACGCCCGAUAUGGCCCAUCGCCCCUUACCCGGUUGGAUGAGGUAAGCGCCCUUGUAAUAAGCUCAUCCUUGUCGUCGGCCAGUCCGCGUUCUCUCUCGCCCCACCUUCUCGACCCCGACCCCGUCGCCAUCAUGUCCCACCUCGAGAAGGCCCAACCCGAGCUCGCGACUGCCAACCCCCCGCCCACCAACGGUCACUCCGCCCCCGGCCGCAACCUCUACUACCGCCAGCUGGGCGACCCUGGUCCUCUUGGUCUGUACGGCUUCGCGUCAACGACCUUCAUCCUCUCGAUGUAUAACGUCCAGGCCCGCGGCAUCAACACCCCCAACGUCGUCAUCGGCAUGGCCCUCUUCGUCGGGGGCCUUGCGCAGUUCGUCGCAGGCAUGUGGGAAUUCGCAACCCAGAAUACCUUUGCGGCCACUGCGUUCACGAUGUACGGCGGAUUCUGGAUGUCGUUCGGGACGAUUUUCAUCCCCGGCUCCGGUAUCCUCACUGCCUACACGGACCCUAACGAGCUCAACUCCGCGCUCGGCAUCUAUCUGUGGACAUGGUUCAUCGUCACGUUCCUACUCCUCGUCGCCUCUCUGCGGAGGAACUUAGGCCUCGUCGUCCUCUUCUUCUUCCUCACCAUCACCUUCGCGCUCCUCGGCUCAGGAAAAUUCUCAACCGCUCACGCCGUCGCGCUCGACAAGGCCGGAGGCGCCUUCGGCAUCAUCACUGCGUUCAUCGCAUUCUACGUGGGAACCGCAGAGAUGCUCAACGACCGCGCUCAAUCGUGGCAGUUCGAAAUACCGACGGUCGAGGCGAAAGCAGAUGUAACGCCAGAGAUGGAGAUACAAACUGGGGUCGAGCCCGCGGCCGAGGCGAUACCGUACGCGGACCGCGUCGUGACCCACAGCAAGCUGGGAGUCUGGGACUGGUACGAGGAGGUCGAUCCCGGUCGUGACCAGGUCCCGAUCAUUUCGCGCUUCAAGAAGUCCUAUGCCGACCUCGCGGGGUGUUUCCCGUACGUCGUCCGGAUGUUGAAGGACGUGCUGAGUAUCCCAGGAUGCAAGUCGCGCCUUGUGGUAUACGGGGCGACGGAACUGGGGCUUGCGCUGGUUCCUGCAGCAUCCAUCUGGUAUGGACAUCAUCUCCAAUUGGUGGAAGUACCUGUCACAACACGCACGGUAGACACUGAGCUGCUGUUGAAGAUAUGCGCGGGGCGCAUCGCGUGCACGAUCGCAAACAUGGUCCUCGGAGAGCUUCACCGCCGCGCCCAAAAGACACUCAACGCCCGCAUCCGGCGCUGGUUCGCGAUGCGCGCGUUCGAAGCGAACGCGCGGCUCGACGUUCCGACCUUCAACCUGCCCCCGGUGCAGGCCCAGCUCGCCGCGGCGAGUGGGGGAAGCUACCAUUCUGUCGUGUGGCAGACGAUGCAGAUGGGGAUGGAGAUCGCCAGCACUGCGCCAAGGCUUGGAUCGCAGGUGUAUGCGCUGUUGCGCACGUUGCGGACAGACGGCGAUGGGAGGAUCAUGAUGCUGGUCACGCUUCUGGCGGAAACGGUGUCGAUGUUGAGGGAUCUCAGCAUCUUCUCGACGGCGGACACUGCGAUCGCCGUCAUGACGAAGUCUGUGGAGUACCUGAAGAUGAGAGCAUGGGACAUGAUAGUCAGUGAGCAAAGCACCGGAAGGAACUCGUUGCAGGCAAUCUCCAAGAACACGCUAUUGAGGAGUACAAGAAGGCGUCGGACGUGGUAGAAGACAACGACGGCAAUUGGAGAGACCUGCGAUACGAAUCGGUUGCCGGCCUGAGCGGUCGUUCCUGGUACACCUCGAUGGCAUUCGCCCAUAUCCCCCAGCCCGACAUCAGAUUGCGUUUACCCUUCGAGCCGCGCGAGAUCCCGCGCGUCUGCCAGGAGUUCUUACUGAGCUCAACCUCGUACAGAGCGCCGCGAAGAGCUUCGCAUUCUCAAUGUAUGAGGUGGUCGCGAAAUGCUAUCAACUGCAGUGGCACUUUUCAACGAUCCGCGAUGUCUAUGAAGUCGAGAAAAUGUCAAUGUCGUCUCUGACGGGACAGACGCGUUGCCGCAGGGAGCGGCGCAAUUUUUCUCUGGAAUCGCAUUGAAAUUUAGGAACGUGUCGUUCAAGUACCCUGGCACCGACCAACAUGCCCUUCGCAAUGUCUCUUUCCAGCCUGCUCCCAGGCCAGCUCUGUGUCCUGGUAGGGUCGAACGGAGCUGGCAAGAGUACAAUCCUCAAACUCGCGGUGCGCCUAUACGACCCCGAAGACGGUCAAGUCUUGCUUGGCGGCCAGGACGUCCGCACGCUCAAGCUCAGCGAUCUUCGCCAGGCCAUAUCCGUACUGUUCCAAGAUCACACGCACUUCCCGCUAUCUUAUGACAGAUCCGCGAUAACAUCGCGCUUGGCGACCCUUCUAAAGCUGACGAUGCGGAGCAUGUGCGUCUAGCUGCGCGUCUCGGGGGCGCGGAGCGGUUCGUUGAAAAGAUCCCGGAUGGUUUCAAUACCUGUCUACUGCGCCCUGCACCAGACUAUGUUUCUGGUCCUCCCGAAGGCAAUAAGACGCUCUCGGGGAAGCCAUUCGAUGUGUGCGCAGUUCGCGCGGCGGCGGGUAUCAAGGCGUCCAUAACGCCGUCGGAGCUCAGCGGCGGACAGAUGCAAAGGCUCGCUGUCGCAAGGACGUUCAUGCGUUCUGUGGUGGCGGAUGAUGCAAAAGUUGGCCUGUUACUGUUCGACGAGCCCAGCGCUUCAUUGGAUCCUGCAGCAGAACAUGACCUGUUUGAACGACUUCGUGAGUUGAGGGGUAACAAGACCAUGGUGUUCUCAUCGCACCGCUUCGGCAACCUCACGAGACAUACCGAUUUGAUAUUGUACAUGGAAGAGUCGGGUGUGGUAGAGUCCGGGACGCAUGAUGAUCUGUUACGGAAGGAAGGCGAGUACGCUCGGCUUUGGAAGCUGCAGGCACAGGCGUUUAUCUCGUAAUCUCCCGUCCCACCCGGUUUUGUGGCCCAUCUUUGUGUUAUUGACCACUGCAUCCGUGUCUUUGACCUUGACCUGGGCCUGGAGACUGCCUUGCUGGUUGUGACAUAGUCGGGAAUCGAAAUGGCUUCCUGGAGUGCGGCCGUCUCUUGUCGACUCCGUGCUUCUCUGCUGUCAGUGCCACCGGUUUGAUCCGGUAUUUGUGUCUCCGAGUCGGAUGCACACGUCGUCUGGAUUGCAACUCGACCUUCCUCGAGGCUUCCUGCGCAGGCUGUAUAUGCAACGCCGGCGGCAUUUGUGGCUUUCUAGCCUUCCCAAAUGAGUCACAACCGGCCAAGGCAGUGCUACCUCUCCCAGGCCUUUGGAAGCAUCCCAGCAGUUAUUGGUCGAUUUACCGCAUGUGAAGCAUCCUGAUCCCCGGCAUAGCUCAUGGGGACAGCCAUGCGGCGGCUCGUUAUGUAUUGGUCGUCAUGAUAUAUAUACCGAACGCAGUUUGGCGACGAAUGCAAACCUGAUCAUGCCAGCGACACUUUGUAAAUCGACCAACGAGAAGGCGCACCUGAAUGAGAAGAUCCCCAACGGCGGCGGCAGCACGACCCCACCUUCUAUCCGCCGCGCACACAUAGGAGUCUGGGACUGCUACGAGGCCGUAGACGAUGAAGGCCCUGCUAUUCCUUUUGCGUCCUUAUAUUCAAAGUACAACGACGCCGUGGAAUGCGUUCCGUACAUCGUCCGCAUGAUCAAUGAUGUCCUCAGCAUUCCAGGAUGCGCGCUGCUUGUGUUCGCAUACGCGGCCACCGACCUCGUACAGGCGUUUCUUCCUGCAAUCUCUAUCUGGUUCCAGGGUCAACUCUUGCAGAUCACCCAAGUCGCCAUCGACACCCGCACUGUCGACAAGGCGCGCCUGUUUAAGAUCUGCGCAGGCCGCAUUGCCUGUAGCGUCGUCGGCAUCAUUCUCUAUCGCGUGCGUCGUCGCGUCGGGAAUCCGUUGAACGCGCGCAUCCGGCGGUGGUACGCGCUGCACUCGUUCCACUCGCGAGCGCGACUCGACCUGCCCACGUAUGCGCAGCCGGCGGUGCAGCGGCAGGUCGGCGACGCGUCAGACAACAUGUGGGGCCAGACAGUCGUCUGGCAGACGCUUGAGCUUGCGACGGACAUCGUGAGCGCGGCGACGCAGCUCGCGGCUUCGUCCGCGGUGCUGUUCCAGGUGCUGAAGGACCACCAGGACGGGAGUGUUCUAGCGUUGUUGACUUUGUUUGGGGAGACGUACUAUUGGCUAUCGCAGUUCAACACGUUCAGGACUACCAGAGUGUGGCUUGCAACGACUUUCAACCAGGAUUAUAUGAAGAUGCAAGGAUGGAAGAAGGCAGUGAGGGAUUUGCUCCAUCGGAAGGAGUUCGUCGCAGGUGGCUUAGCUGGAUAUGCGACCGCAGAGUUCCAGAAGGCCGCGGAGCGCGUAGGAGAUAUGGACGCAGACUGGAACGAAGUCGAAGACCAGAUUCUGAAUAGAUCAAGUGCAUGGACCAUGCUGAAGGAGCCCUUGACGCAUCUGCCUCAGAUCUACUUCACGCUCCGCGCUGCCCAGGCGCCUGCUAGCAUCCCGCUCUCACUCGCCUCUCUCAAUCUGAUCCAGAGCGCGACCGAUAGGUUUGCGUUCACUGUAUACGAGAUCAUACGAAGGACACAGUCUGUCGGGCACCAGCUCGAGUCUGUGAAAAAACUGUACGAAGUCGUCAACAUCCCGAACCUCGUCAAGGAUGGAACUAAACCAUUCCCGGAGGAUCAGAACCAGAUUAGGUCGGGCAUCGAGCUCGAGUUCCGGAACGUGUCUUUCAAAUAUCCGGACACGGAGAAAUGGGCGCUGAGGAGCAUCUCGUUCAAGCUUCUCCCGGGACAGCUUUGCGUCAUUGUCGGUGCGAACGGUGCCGGGAAGAGCACGAUACUGAAACUGACGACGCGCUUGUACGACCCCGACGAGGGAGAGAUCUUCUUUGGCGGGCACGACAUCCGCACCCUCAAGCUCGACGACCUCCGACGCGCGAUCACAGUGCUCUUCCAGGAUUACACCCUCUUCCCGCUCUCGAUUCGGGACAACAUUGCUCUCGGGGACCCUGCCUCGACCAACGCUUCCACCUCUGACGUAGACGAGCGCGUCGAGCGCGCGGCACAGCUCGCAGGCGCCGACGGGUUCAUCGCGAAGCUGCCCGACGGGAUGAAUACGUACCUAGACCGGCCGGUCGACGACGAGUACUCGCCCGCAGUGGAGGGCACGAAGAGGUUCUCGGGCCGGACGGUGGACUACGAGCCGCUGAGGACCGCCGCGGGGAUCAAGAGGGCGGGCGCGGUGGCGGGGCUGAGCGGGGGCCAGAUGCAGAGGCUUGCUGUGGCGAGGACGAUCAUGCGGUCGGUCGUGAAGGAGGACGAGGGGGUGGGCAUGCUGUUGUUCGACGAGCCGAGCGCUUCGCUCGACCCUGCUGGCGAGCACGACCUGUUCGACCGCCUGAGGGAGCUGCGGGGAAGCAAGACGAUGGUGUUCUCGUCCCACCGGUUCGGGAACCUGACGAGGCACGCGGAUCUGAUUUUGUAUAUGGACGAGACGGGGAUCGUCGAGUCGGGCACGCACGACGAGCUGCUGGGAAAGAAGGGCGAGUAUGCGCGGCUAUGGACGCUCCAGGCUCAGGCGUUCAUAUAGACGUUAGUUUGACCGAGGAGAUUGUAACGACAUGGGUUUUUUAUGUGUUACUCUUGACAGCUUUCCAUAGAUGUGAGACACUAUACUUGGACUUCAUGCAGACCACGAGAGGAGAACGGUGGCUUAUCGGUUGAAUUCCCAUGGAUACGGCAUGUCGACAGUAUCGCAGAUUUACGACCCAAUUGUGCGAUGUACGUUUCUUCCAAAUAAAGUCAACUGGCUCGAU